GAGGGCUUCCCGCUGCAGGAGAAGCCGGGCACAGAGGAGAGGAGAGGGAAGCCCUCCGGCUGCUCCAAGCCCGGCGCAGCCUCCUGCUCCCGGGACCCGGUGCAGCAGCGGCUCCCCUUGAUGCACGGCGGAGGAGAGGCUGGCGGCCCCUUGCAGGUGAAGGGAAGGACGGGAGGGCGCAGUCGGUGAGUGCGGGUUUCUUGCCAUGCAUCCGGUAGCUCGCCAACUUGCUUCCAGGAGCCGGUCUCGCGGCGUGUCCGGCGGGGGAUUUUCUCGGCGGGGCCUGCGGUUCUGAGCACGCUUAGGGCGGACCUCCGGAGACUCCUUUCUGCAGACACGUUUUGGGGCCCGGCUUCAAAGGAUCUCGGAUCAGGGUUUUUUUGGGGGGGUGCGUGCGUGCCCCCCAAGAGCAACGCGAUCCCGAGGGUCUGCCGCCACCCGAGACCUGCCCCUCCAUCGGAGAUGCCGGGUUUUACCGCCUGCUGCUUUUAUUUGGGACUGAUUUCUUCCCUUUCCUGCCUUUGGGAUUUGCACGUUGGCUUCGCACUCUGCACAAUAAAGAAAUGCAACGUUAAAAAUAGGUGUGGCUCUGCCUGAUGGCCAGUUCAGUUUGCUCCCGGAGCAUCCUCCUGGCCGAAGACUUUUUCUUUCUUUCGAACACUCGCCGGCCCUGGAAAACUUAAAAGGAAAGAAGAAAUCUGGCCAAAAGGAGCAUUUCUUCCUCCCCCUGCCCAGAGAUUGCAUUUGAAAACCGACGCAUCGAAGUGACCGUGUUCUCUUCCCCAGCUUGUCUUGAGCGAGAGAAUUGGUCCCUGCUUGGAGAUUUUGGGGCUCUGAGACAGCUGCGACUCAAAGCACGCUCCCCAGGUUGCCAAAACCUUUCCGAUCGCCUCCCCUGCGCUGAAAAAGGUGUGCUGGCCCUCAUGCACGAUCAACGCAAGUGGGUCUAGAUUGCCACAGGAUGGAGCAAGAGGCUUCCCAGCUAGAAAAGAAACACGUCCAUAGUGUCUAUGAAAGCACAGCCACCUAUUUUCAUGAUCUGCAGAGCAAAGCAUGGCCUCGUGUCCGACAAUUUCUACUCGAACAGCCCCCGGGCAGCCUCAUCGCUGACAUAGGGUGUGGGACUGGGAAGUAUCUUGACGUCAACAGCCAGUUGUAUAAUCUGGGGUGUGAUUACUGUGGCCCUUUGGUAGAGAUUGCAAGAAAUAACGGUUGCGAAGUGAUGAUCUGCGACAACCUGAAUCUUCCUUUUCGAGGCCAGUGCUUCAAUGCAAUUAUCUCUGUUGGAGUGAUUCACCAUUUCUCCACUAAACAAAGACGUAUCAAAGCAAUAAAGGAGAUGGCCAGAGUGCUGGUCCCCGGAGGCCACAUGAUGAUAUAUGUUUGGGCUAUGGAACAAAAGACUCGGCGCUUUGAGAAACAAGACGUGUUUGUUCCGUGGAACAGAGCCUUGUGCUCCCAGCUCCUUUCUGAAACCAAUAAGGCCGGGCUCAGGAAUGAUCUUGCACACAGUGUAAAGUCACAGACUCAGCCGUUGCAGCGGCUAAUGGACUCUGAAAACAGCUACCCUCUUGCCCUUAACCGGAAGCAUCCCCACAGGACUGAGGGCUGCUUAGCUGAAGCUUGCUGUGCAAAAAUGUCUGAUGAGGAAGAAAACAGAUUUUACAGUGUUCUGGGGAGAUCCUUUCGGGCCUGGUUCUCCUCCAGAUCUUUAGAUGAGUCCACCUUGCAGAAGCCAAAUGGGAAGUUGGAGCCUUUGAGGAACACCGCCGAAUGGACAAACAGCACUGUGUCUGUCCAGCCGUCGAGGCACUGUAGUUUAGAUUUUGGUAGACAAGGAGCUUUGCUGAAAGGGCAAAGAUUAGAUGACUAUGAGGAAGUGUUUAUGAAGCAUGUGGCUUGCAGAAAGAUGGAAUGGUUGACGGCCUCAAGGUCGUUGAGGGACUUCAACGGUGAGCCACCCCUAUUAGCGAGAAAUAAGAAUGGAGAAACUUUGUUCCUGAAUGGUCCCAUAGAAAACAUAAGCAACGGCUGCGUCUGUCAGGGUCGUUCACUUUCAGGCAAACAUUUGAAAAGGACAUCAUCUGCUGGCUCUAGUGAAUCUAUCGUAGAUGCUGCUGUAGCUGUGGGAGACCAGACUGCUCACAGUCUAGAUUCGAAAGACUUCAUGCGCUAUUAUCAUGUUUUUCGGGAAGGGGAGCUGUGCUCUCUGCUGGAAGAAAGCGUGCCUGAGGUCCACAUACUAAGUUCAAGCUACGAUCAUGGAAACUGGUGCAUCAUUGUAGAGAAAAGGGAUGUGCAACCUCAAGUGUAACUGUGGGGAAAAGAACUUCAGACUUUGCUUCCCGUGGAAUUUUAGAGCCUUUGUCUGUCUGUCACUCGCUUUAUUUGCAUCUCUAUGAAUUGUGCAUCGUGAAAAGGGAUACUUGACAUGUAGCUGAAACAUCGGCUUUAGGAAAUCUGUUUAUGUUUUUAAUAAACUUUUUUACAAGUAAA